AACAAAUUGAAAAAAAUAAAAACACACACACACACACACACAGAGAGAAUUAAGAUUUAACUUGACAGUUUUGGCCCUUACUGUAGCUUUUAACGAACCAAAACGAGAAUAUAUUUGGUUAUGCUUUUCCAUUCUUGCAUGGAUGGUGGAUUUUGUGAAGAAACUACAAAUCAAACAUAGAAAAUCUUCAUGGGUUGAAGAAGCAGAGUACAGGAGAAUCCCCAUAUCAACCUCAAUAUCAUCAUCAAAGUCCAAGAAGAAGAUGGCCACAUCAACAUCUACUGCAGCUUCUUCUGGGACUAGCAAUGGCAGCAGCAGUAGCUGCAGCAGAGAAGGGUCAGCAAAAUCCAUAGCGGCUGAUCAAAUUUCCCAGGCCAUUCAAUCCACAUCCAAUCUCCUCCACCUCAUGCUUCAGUCUUCCCCUGCUCAGGCUGAGUUACUGAAGCUUCCAAGAAGCCUUUUGGCGAAGACACCUACUAUAAAAAACACAGAGUUGGUAUUGGAACAGAUGCCUCAUAUAAUUUCAUCAUUGGAUGCACAUGUGGAUAAUUCUUUACAGAGUGUUCCACAUCUGAAAACUGUUAUCCAGUUACUUUCAAAUAUUGAAAGCUGCCAGCUUAAAUCUUUUUCCAAGGUUCAACCGGAACAAGAGGGAUGGUAGGUGGUUGAAACCUUCUGAUUCCAGCUUCCUUCGAGAGCACUUGUGAAUUUGCACUAGAUGAAGAUAAGACUUUUAGUUCUUUGAAAAGCUCUGCACCCUCACUGACUUUGUGCCCCAUUGUUUUCUCAGAAAAUUGAAACAUCAGAGCAACCUCAAGAAUCAGGCUAAAGUAACCAUGAAAGUCGCUGAAGCGGCCAACAAUGGUACAUAGCAAGUCAAUGCUACAAGGUUGAGGCAUCAAGAACCACCCCAAUUUUCCGAGUCAAAGACUAUAAGCUUGGGCCAUCAUGAACCGUCCAACAUUCAAAUUCACACUAGUUUUUGGCACACAAGCAAUCUUGUCUUCAAAUUCACACUGUUUCUUAUGUAAAAUGGCAUAACCCUGUAAAGUUGCAUUGCUUACUAUUCCAAGUUCCGUUCUGAGGCACUGUGUAGCUGCCUGCAUCCCUUGUACUCUGAGGGUGAUCAACGAGAAAGAAUUUUAUUUGGAUUUUUUCAAACAAGGAGAAUUAUUUCCAAA